AUGGCGCCCGUGGCCAAGGAAUUCGAGCGAAUCAUCCAUACCGCCCGAGAGCGCAAGAAGAAUGAAGCCCUCGCCGACAAGAUCUUCUCCAGGGGCCGUCGCCAGAGCGCGCCAGCCAACUCCAAGGCUGCGCAGCCCGGAGGAUCGCUCGCCAGCCGUGUCGGCGUCAAGAAGAACAAAGCCACAGUUGCUGCUCAGCGCCGUCGAGCAACCAUCCCUGCCGGCGACGUCAACGGCGAGUGGACUCACGACCUCCACAGCUCCGUCAACCGCCCCAACACCUCCGCCAACGUCCCUCUCAGCUCCCGAAUAACCCUCCCCGGCGCCGCCGGCAAUGGCGCCCCUAAGAAGACAGCCGCCCAGAAGAAGGCUGGCCGGCUGGCCGCCGCACUCGACCGCAUGGAGACGGACGAUUCCGUCAGGCAGCAGGUCAACGUUGUCAGGAAUGGCAAGUCGCAGAGGCCGGAUGCCGGCAUGACGAUCCGGGGACUGGCGGGUCCGUUUGCCAUCAUGGGACAGAACUUUGCGCCGGGAACGACGGCCGCGGAUGUCGAGAGUGCCAUGACGCCCGUGGGUGGCGAGAUGAUCAGCUGCGAAAUCGUCAAGACGCAGCCCUUUAUGAUUGUCGAGAUGGUGUUUGCAUCAAGAGAGGGAGGAGAGAGAGUAAUUGAGACGUUCAACAACAAGACUGCCGACGGCAGAAUUCUCAAAGUCUACGCCAAGCCAGGCGGCUACAAACCAAGCCGCGACUCACCCUCGGGACGCCAAUCAUCGUCAACCCGCGACCAGGUCGUCGACGGCUCCAUGGGCUUCCCCGACAACGACCUCAUGGACACGGAGAACGUGCCCCCCUCGACGAGGAGCAACAGGCUGCACUACAACAACGACGGCGGCAAGAACAACUCGCUCAACAAGCGUGGCCGCGGGUUCCAGAGGGGCUCCUCCAAUAACGGGCGAUAG